AGUUCUCUGUAAUGGUGGGUUGUUUCUGUCCCUGUGCCUAGAUGACAAGUUGAGGAAGGGAAGCGAGUCCAAGCACCCCAUUGCCCAGAGAACCUGUGCGGCUUGUUCUGCCAUGGAGUAGGCUGGAGAGAGUGAUUGACACGUGUGAUCUUCCUCGCAUGGCCCUGCAGAGGACUGAUUGACAGCAGGCUUUCCAGGUUGGCCUGUGGGAGCAUGUAAUAGGUUAGCUUGUCUUUGGGAUAGACAAGCCCUCUAAUAACCCAGCAGUGGCCACAGGAAGGGGAAGCCGCCUCCACUCCCCUCCACUCUCUUGGCUUUAGUAUGGUAGCCAGGCAAUCUCAAGAAUUUCUUAGGUGACAGUGGCAUUCUUCAGUGGGUUUUAGCUUAUCUGCAAAAGCACGAGCAGCAACUGUGUGUUCCGGGCUUCAGGGGAGGGAGUAAAAAGUCCCUCCCUGGAAGCACCUGCAAAUACUUAGGUGAAUAAUCAGUCCCGUGUGGUUGUCACAAGCCAUGAUGGGGCUGAGACUUUACCUCACCUGUAAACUGACAAGUUAGCCUGCCAGUUACAUACACGCUGGCAGAAGACACACAACCCCCCGGGGAACACACCAAGGACCUACUGCUCAUGACUUGGCAGGCACAGGAGCUUUGCACUCUUGUCAGUUCCCCUGGUGCCCCCGCUCUCGUGGAGGGCAGUGCAGAGUGGGUGCAGGUGGGUGCGUUCACACGGUGGCUGUGGUCACAGCAAAGGAACUGCGGAGUGGAGGAGAUUGCCAUUAUCAAGGGCUCCUGGCAAACUUGCCCGACCUUUGCCCUGGUUUUCAUUGUUCUUGCUGGGACUGAGAGUUAUCCUGUGUUCCGGAGGAAGGCGUGAUCUUGAUCUUCCCAGGCAGUUUGCUUUAGAAACAUUCUGGAAAAGGUAACUGGCACCAAGGAUGUUGCAGGAUGAAGAAUUGCUUCCCAACAGAAACUGAGACAUAGUUGGCUAAGUUUCUGCCAAGGAGCAUCAGAGGUGUUUUCUUCAGGUGUACAGAACUGUACCUGUGAGUUGAUACGAUCAGCCUUCUGUUUGAGGAGGAAAAACCCUUUUCAGUUCUCUUCACUUAGUGACUCCCACUUCAUUUGGAAUGGGGAUCCUCCCAUUGUUGCUUAAAUACUCAAUUUCCACGGAGUUUAGAACCGCCCAUGAGUUGGAAAUUAAAUGGCAUUUCAAUGAAAGCUGCUUACAUGGACUGUGCGAAGUGUCUAGCGUUUUUUUCUCUUUCAUCAUCUUUGGUUAGAGGAGUAAGUAAAGGUAUGAAUUUGUCAUUUUUAAAAAUUGCACAUUUUUAUCGGAUACAGUGUAAUGCUUAUAACAUGAUUGAACAAGCUGGUUAGUUUUUCUGUUUCCUUAACCACUUAAACAUUUCGUAGUUUAAUGAUGGCACGUUGCCUCUGGGGUACAACUUGACACCCCCAAUGCAUGCAUGAGUGGGCAAUGUGUGCCGCCUAGCUGAGGGCACUCAACAUCUCCAUCUCCCCCAUUACCAUCCUGCACGCAGGGUGGCUUGAAGCUGCUCCCUUCCAGCCAUUUAUAAAACAUGUAAUGGCUUACUGGGGCACUAUGGUUCUUCCCAUUGUGUGUAGUACAACAGAAUUUACUCCUUCUAUCUAAUUGUGUUUUGGAAUCCAUUAUCCAACUUCCCACUACUCUCCUUGUCCCAAGUCCAUUCUAGUAUCUCUAAUAAUCACUGUUCUGUGUUGAAAUGACAGAGACAUGCAGUAUUUGCCUGUGCCUGACUUCACUUAACAUAAUGUCCUCUACCUCACCCCAGUUAGAACUGCUGUUGUUAAAGAGACAAAUAAUAACACACACUGGCUUGCGUAUGGAGAAAAGUAAACUAUUAAAGGGAACGUGAAUUAGUACAGCCAUUAUGGAAAACAGUAUGGAGUUUCAUUAAAAACUAAAAAUAGAUCUAUCAUGUGAUCCAGCUACCCCACUUCUCGGUUUAUAUCUAAGCAAAAUGAAGUUAGCAUAUCAGAGAGAGCCCUGCAUUCCCAUGUUCAUUGCUCCAUGAUUUGACACAUAAAUGUAUAUUUACAUAUAUAUAUGAUAUGGAAUCAGCCUAGAUGCCCAUCAACAGAUGAAUGAAUGAAGAAAAUUUGGAAAACACACUCAAAUAUUAUUCAGAAAUAAAAAGAAUGAUAUCCUAUCAUUUGCAGCAAAAUGGAAAGUAUGAAUUUUGUCAUUUGAUAAGUGAAGAUACUUAUUGAUGCCUACAUAAAGAAUUUUUUUCAGAAUCAGAAAGCCACAUAAUUUUCUUUCAUUUCCAUGAUAGUUUUCUAAGCAAAUUCUUUAAAUGAAAUUUUUUUCAGAGAUUUAUUUAUUUAUUUGAAAGUCAGAGUUACACACAGAGAGGAAAGACAGAGACAGAGAGAGACAGAGAGAGACAGAGAGAGAGAGGGAGGGAGGUCUUCCAUCUGCUGGUUUACUCCCCAGUUGGCUGCAGUGGUCAGAGCUGAGUCGAUCUGAAGCCAGGAGCCAGGAGCUUCUUCCAGGUCUCCCAAGCGGGUGCAGGAGCCCAAGGGCUUGGGCCAUCUUCUACUGCUUUCCUAGGCCAUAGCAGAGAACUAGAAUGGAAGAGUGGAGCAGCCGGGUCUUGAACUGGUGCCCAUAUGGAUGCCAGCACUGCAGGCAGCAGCUUUACUCACUGCGCCACAGGGCCAGCCCCAAAAUGAAAUUUUUUUGACACACAUGUUUCUUCAUAUUUGAUUUUUAGUCAACUCCUAAAAUAUGUUGUCUUUAUCUAUAGUCAUUGUACAAAUUACAGACCUAUCCCUGCCUAGUCAGUGAAUUGUGAUAGGGUAAUCUGUGAGAUGACUGAACUCUGAACAUAUUUUUUAGGUUUAAACUUGAUACAAGGCUCAUGAAGUGCUGUCCAUGUCUGCAAGUUCAAGGACAUGUCUUAAGGGUGGCACGGUGCUGGGAAUGUGGCUUUAAGUGCAGCUUGAUUUGGAUUGAACUGCAGUUCUGUCAAUUCCUAAUUCUGCAAUUUAACUGAAAUACCUGAGUCUCAGCUUUUUCAUCUAUAAAUUGUAUAUAAUGAUAACUACUCCGUAGGCUAGUUGUUCAGUCUACAUGAAAGAGUCGUUUGAAGCUGAUACAGUCCUUUAAUAAUGUAAAGAGAAUACUGAAGUCAGCUCAGGACUACUAUAAGAUUUUUUUGAUUACUUUCAGCUUGAGUGAAGCUUCAAAUUCUUAGUUAAAUUUCUUCUCUAAAGUACUCAUUUAUUGUCUAUUAUUUUUCUAGUUAUCUGGGUGCAUUGGGGAAUUAAAAUCAUCAUUUAAAAGUCAUCCCAUGGAUAUCAAAGCUCAUAAAUUGUUAGAUGCUAAUGAGAAACUCAAGAAUCUGCUCCAACUUGUUAUUGUCAGUGCACAUAGAGCUAUCUAGGGAAAAGCAGUGGUUGACUUAAAUUCCCAUAGUAAAAUCCUUUGCAGCUUGCAAAAUGUGUCACUCACUAUAAAGUUAGUUCAAUUAUUUACCAGAUACACAAUACUAAUCCAGGGUGAAAGUGUGAAAGACAACAGGAAGAAGGGACAGUUGCCUUUCUAGCGCACGUGCUAGAGUAGCAUUAAGAAAUAAUGCCUGCUUACUCGUGCCUGAGUGUCCUCAGUUUUAUGGGAAAUCAGGAACCAAAUAUUUAAAAACUAAUUAUAAUUAAUUAAUAUGACUAAAAGAGUUAUGACAGUUUGGGAUACUAUUUUUAUCAACCUAAUCAAUCUCUGCAAUGAAGAAUAGGAGACAUUUUAGAUUUGACAAAGACCUUCAAAGUUUUGCCAUGGGAAUGGCUGGAGAAAGCACCAUGAGCAAAUGAGUGAAAUUCUAUACUCUUUGGAAUGAGCAGUGACUGCACUGUGAAUAUAAACACGGUCAUGACUGAAGAGGUAGAAAGAGAGGGAGAGGAAAAUUAAUGUGUUUCAGCAGGUGGCAAGAUGGAAGAUUCUCUCUUCUGGUGUGCAAAUCUCUCUUUGACACUAUCAUGUAGAAAAUAGCACUGUACCAGCUUUCAUUAGGUGUGUCUGUGUGUAAGAACACACACAUAUUGAUAUGUGUGCAUAUUUAUCCAUAUGUGUGUGUGUAUAUAUAUAUAUAUAUAUCUCCAGGAUGUUUUUAGAUUAUAGACAAAACGUUGACAGCUUUACUUAGUAGAGAUUGGUUUAAAUAUUUACUUCUUCCCAAGUACUUCCAUAUACCUAAAUUUUAAAAUAGUAGCUAUUGCAAAAAGAACAAACUAAACAAUGUGGAGGCUAUGUUGAACUAAUCACAAUUAGUUAUUAGUGGACAUAAUUGGAUGACGCUGAUGUUAUUUCUGUUCAGUCCAGAUUGUUAUAAGCAUGGGGCAUGGAUGGGCAGGGUGCUAUGUUGCAUCUGUAGUAACUAAACCAGUCUUGGUGUUAGUGGCCAUAAUGCACCUGUUUACUUGGUGCCUCACCAAAUGGUCUCAAGUGGGAGCUGCUCAGAGAAAAGUUUUAGUUACUUGUGAUGAGUAAAGGAGACUGUGGAAAGGUACAGUUCCUGGAAAGAAAUUGUCUUCCUGGGGUGUGUUUGCUGGGGACUUUAUCGAAAGGUUCCUUCUCUGUCAAAGGCAGCUGAAGGGACUUGGGUCAGCCCGAGUCCCCACGGUCUGGGCACGGCAUGGACACUCCCAUUUCCAGGGCCCCUUGUGCUUGCAGUGUGCAUUGGUUAGUUGGUGGCCUACUAUUGCUUCCAUGUUGGAGGCCAGGGUGGCUUUCCUGGUUACCUGGUUACCUGUUGCAGAUUGGAAGACGAUGGCCAAUAAAGCUGCUUGCUUCUGCAAUUUUUUGUCAUCUUCAUCUUCUGCCACACCCGAGUCGUUGGAUAUUGGGUGCCUUAACGUCAGUGUCAAGCAACUGAGGGGGAUGGGUCUCAGGACCACUGUUGUCAAUUUUUGAAACUUUCUCCAGAUAUCCAGAGCAUACCAAGAUAGGAUGUAGCUGUUUAGAACUACCUGACUUCCCUGGGCUUCAGGAUCCCAAGUAGACUGCUUGAGACAUUCUCUUAGCCUCUCUGGGUAAGGGGUGGGCUUUUCUUCUUGUGUGAUUCACAGGGUGCCUGCUCAUUUCUUGCGUGUCUUUUAGCAACAUACUCCUAUAAUGCUCUCCUCUUUGCAGACCCUUUGGUGUUUUGGGUCCCAUUUGGGGCCAUUGUUGGGACUUUGCUCAGCUGGCCUCCACACCUGCUUAGUAGGUUGAUUGGCAGCUGCUUGUGAGCUCUCUCUCUGGCCUUUGCUAGCACAGCUGGCUUCUCCUCUGUUGUUAGAAGGGGGGUUUUUAACGUUAACAUAUGUGCCCAGGUAGGGCUGUGAGUUGUAGAGAUGCCCCUUAUUCGUCAGAAUUCCUCAGAGUUGGCUCUCAGGCCCUCAACGUGUGCCUUCCAGUUGUGUAAGUCAGAAAUGGCAAAUGGCCAUUCACAUUUAUCUCCCUCCUUCCGCAUCCGAAACCUGACAGAAGGGAAAACACGCGUCUCCCUGACUCGAGCUACGCCCGUGCUGGUAAUGCCAGUUGCGCUAUGGGGAAGGGAUGGAUGUGGUGCUGUCCCAGUUGCUCCUGUAGAUGCAGAGCUAGCUAUAAAGUCAGGGGACUAGAUUCUCGUCACCAUGAGCGGAGGGUUCAGGCUCAGGGCGAGGUACUAGACGUGGCUCUGCCCCCACCCUUUCCCCUUAAAGUCUGAAGAGCUCUCUUCCUCUGGGGGGCUAGCACAGGAAGUGCUUUCCCUCUGGGUUUAGGAGGAGGGACAAUGAACUGAGUGUUUCCUGUUUCCGGCUCCCUACAGGGGCUCUUGCUGGAGGGUUAUGGACUCACUGCCCGGUCAGCUGAUGGCACCGCUGCCUUUUCCAGUAGUUCCUUUGCUGCAGUUUGUCACGCUUCCACACCUGUGAAAUAGGGAAGCGUGCGGUCACUUAACUCAGUCCAACAGAUCAACUCAGCUGGGAGACCUCCGGGAUCGCCCUUUUGGGAUGCUCAUUCUCCGGAGUGAAUCCCGACCAGCAUAGGUGUUUCUUGGACCACUCCUUUUGUGACACUCAGUCUCCCAGAGGGAGGCCUGAUGCUUUUAUUCCUUCUCUUGUCCCUGAUUCUUUCCUGAUCUCGUGUUUCCUGUGACCUUUAGCAACUGUUAGACACUUAUCGGGGAGGCAGUCUCAGAUUGCUAAGCCCUUCAUUCUGUGAGGUGCUGGACAGAGAGAGUCCAAGUGGUCGCCUCACCUUGUGCUCUCCCAGUUGCCAACUCCUGGAGACUGCCAGGCACCAGGCGGACCUCCCACGCCCACAGGAGAGAGGAGCAAUGCCACAAGAGCAGGUGAGCCCUGGUUGAGCCCCUGCUGUCAGUUCCCGGUCACCUGGUCCUAAACUAGGGACAGUCCCAACUGGAUUAGGUGAUUUUGUUAGUAGACACAGUGAUCCAUUCACUUGACAUCUUACCAAAUAAUCAGCCUCAAGUGGGACUUUCUCCGAGGACAGUUUUAUUUACUAUUGGCGAGUAAAGGAGGCGGUAGGAAGGUAGAUUUCCAGAAGAGAAACUGCCUCCCUGGGGAGCCGUUUGCUAGAGCUUUCACAGCACUGAUUAGGGGAGUAUCCAGGAAAUAGAACAUGGGGAGCAGGGGGGCUCUUCCUGCUUGUCAUGUACAUCUGCACACCUUGUAGGUUCAAAGCUCUGACUCAGGGGCAGGUGUUUGGCUUAGCAGGAAGGAGAUUGGUUAUGACACCUGCAUCCCUUAGCGGGACACCUCGGUCAGGUGCUGGCUGGACUUCCAGUUCCAGCUUUCUGAUCACAUAGACCCUGGGAAGCAGUAGGUGAUGACUGAGGUCCUUAGGUCCCUCCACCCAUGGGAGGGCCUGGAUUGAAUUCCAAGCCCAGCCAUUGUGAACAUUUGGGAGUGAACCAGAGGAUAGAUCUCUCUCUCUCUCUCUCUCUUUCUGGUGUGUGUGUCUGUCUUUCUCCCUCCUUCCCUCUAGAUUUUUUUUUUCAGCUUUAACCCUUGGUGGUGGUGGCCUGGCUGCCUCUGUGUACAGCGUUGCAAGGUAAACUUUCCUGGCUCAUCUUCUGAAAAGAAAGCUCAAGAGAAGAAACUGUUCUAGACUCUCAGCUGGGUUCCCGUGCCAUGCUGCCUUGUUGUCCAGAUCCUGCACUCUUGGCUCUAGUGGUUACUAGCCUGUCUUCCCAGUCCCUUCACAGCUAGAGGGUGGACAGUGGGACACCGGAACAUGACACAGCCAUCCUUAGUCUCUGGCAUGCAUGUAGAAGGUGAAGUUUCUGAAUCAAACCCUUCGUAUGGUAGGAAAGCUUGCGCGUGCACAAAUACCCUAUACCUUUCAGUACAAACAUUGCUGUAACACAAAUGUGGAAGUAGGAUACCAGCCAAGGGAAAGGAGUUCAAACUCUGGGCUCUACUAGACAGGAAAAUGGAUAUUCCAAUAAAUAGAGUUGUAGAGGCUACAGCGAGUUAUCUGCACAGGCCUGAAGGGUCAACAGUUUGUAGGUAGUAUCAUGGAUGAGUAGUUAAUUAAGUGAAGGUAGCCAAUCCCAGGGGAAUCUUGGGGAGCUGAGGUUUUUUUCCAUCUCCUUGCACAGGGGCCUUACAGGUCUUGGAUUCUGUUGUCACCACCUCUUGGGUACUUCUUUCCUAAGCCCUGCUUCCAUUACUUUGAAAAUUCUUUUUGUUGAAAUGACCUUAGUGUCAGUGACACCCACAGGCUACAUUUACCUUCUUUUUAAAAAAAUACAAUCCUUGGAGCCGGCGCUGUGGUGCAGCAUGUUAAUGCCCUGGCCUGAAGCGUCGGCAUCCCAUAUGGGCACUGGUUCUAGUCCUGGCUGCUCCUCUUCCGAUCCAGCUCUCUGCUGUGGCCUGGGAAAGCAGUAGAAGAUGGCCAAGUCCUUGGGUCCCUGCACCCACAUGGGAGACACGGGGGAAUCUCCUGGCUCCUGGCUUUGGAUUGGCGCAGCUCUGGCCAUUGUGGCCAUCUGGGGAGUGAACCAUCGGACAGAACAUCUCUCUGUCUCUACCCCUCUCUGUAACUCUGUCUUUCAAAUAAAAAAAAAAAAACACCUUUCCCCCUCAAUAUUUAUAUCAACUCACAAUUAAUUAAAGCAUAAUGUGUUGAAAACUUCCUUGUUUAAAUUAUCCCUAUUCUUCACCUCACUGAUUUAUUUAUUCAUUGCAAAUGACCAACUCAAUAUGGUAUUUCUCUCAGCUCCCAGCUUUCUUUCCUAAUGUUGAUUAAAUCUUGAGUCACUCAAAGCAAGCAAAUCAUAAAGAGAGACAGAUAAGACUGGACCCAGGAUCGUGUGACUGUAAGUCCAUAACUAGUAGAAUAUUGGCAGGAUCCUUUGAAAUUUUAUGCUUAAUUGUGUAGGGGUAAUUGGCAUAUGCAAACUUGGGUAAGUAAUUAAAUAACUCUAUGUUUCUGCUUUUGUAAGUUAGGAUGCUGGUAAUAAUUUAUUAACUUCAUGAAGUGAAGUCAUAUAAUUUCAUUAUGGAUUAAAUUAUGAGAAAGAAAUACCAGACUAAGUAUCUGGAAUAUACCAAACAUUCAAUAAAUUGUGACUUUUAUCAUCCUGGUCAUUUUUCUGUUAAUUCUUUGGGUUGCAGGACUUUGUCAAGCCGAGAAAGCUCCUUAUAGUUUCAGAGAUCUUAAGCAGCACAUGAAACUUCCUUGGAAAACUUUUCUGUUACUCUGUCCUACUUCCGCGUUUCUAAUUUCAGUUGAAUUGAGUUAAAUCACACGAGUCCUUACAAAAGCCUCAAGAGCUUUGACAGUAGGACUGCGUCUUGUUCCGCGUGCAUCACUGCGAAGCUACUGCUUUAUGAGUAGGAGCUCAACAAAUUGGAUCAAAGCUCUAGGAUGUGGAACUGGGAGGCCUAUUUUUAGUUCUUGUUUCUUCCUAGCAAUGAGGUGUCUUGGGUCAUCCUUCUGGGCCCAAGAUUUUUGAGGUCUUAAAGCCAGGUUUGGAGCCAGAAAGGCCUGAGGUUUUAGUUCCAGCUCUGCUGAUGUCUGGUUUAAGGUAUCAGGUGUUUCCUGUUUCAAAUAUGUUUUGAUUCCUACCCCCCACCCCACCCCAGUUUAUAUUCUUUAAGUAUCUGUUCAGCAAGUAUUUAUUAGAAGCAUGGGGAAAAUGAUUUUCAGUUAAUAAAAAUGUUUUAAUAGAUUCGGUAACUCAUUUGCUGUUUCUGGCCAAAGCAGGAUCAAUGUUAUUGUUGAUUUUGCUGUAGGUUAUUUGCAUGUAUGUGUGUGUGUUCUAAAUCCAGUAAGUAAGUGGAAGUCAUAUUAAAAGAUUUCAAACUUUGAUAAUGAAAUUGCUCGCUUGCUCAGACGAAGAGCAGCAGCCAUGCUUAUUCAGUGUCACAGUUUUACCGGCAGUGAGAGAGGACAGCAGCAAGCCUGGAAGGUGACUUUAGGCAGGGCUUCUUUGGGCAUGGGGGGUGGGGGAGGGGCAGCCUUUUCUCCACUUGAGAAUGCUGCUGUAUUUACAUUCUGCCAGUUAUAAAAAGGAUGAUGUGAUGCAGCAUCAGUUGGUUGGUGUGUAUUACUCAAGUAACGUGUUAACACUGAAAACAAUUGGCUCCUGAGGAAUUGGCUGGCGGUGGUUUGGAUGUCGGGAAGGGGGAGGGACCUUUAAGAGAUGGGGUCCAGUGGGAGGUCUUCAGGUCAGCUGGAGACCUGUCCUCAAAAGCAAUGAAGGUACUUCUUCCAGAUCCCAGAGAGACACCUCUCUCAAGAGAGAGCACCACCCAGUCCCUCUAUGGCUUGCCGUCUGCUGGUGGAGUGGCUCCUGCAUGCCUUUCUACCCGCAGUCAGCGGGCCCUUCCCGAGCCUUCUUCGUGCUGUUGGGACUCUCAGCCUCCAAAACCGGGCGUGAAGUAAACCUUUCUCUAUGAAGUUGGUCUGUGCCAGGUAUUUCAUUAUGGCAAUAAACAGCUCACUAGUACUCCGCCUGUUGCUCUGAGCCUGCGUGCUAGGGAUUGCUGUUUAUCAAGCUGCUAGAAGAACGUGGUUAGGAGUAAGCAUGAAGAAAACAGUGUAUUUUUUAAUACCUGACAUACCACAUAUUGCUGGAUGUAAUAAUGGUGCUUUAGGAAGCAAACAAACCAAGAAGAAACCCCUGAAUUUAACGGAGAUGCUAGUAUAAGAUUUGUCUUGUUUUUUCAAAAAUGUUGAAAUGGGAGUAAGUCCUGCAUCCUGAGUUCUGUGGAAGUAGAUGUGAAUAUGUGACAAACCUGAAAUUUAAUUUUUUCCCCUUGGGAAGGUGAUUUAUUGCAUGGUUUCAACUAAGAGAUUUAAAACAGAUGCUUUUUGUAGGGGGCAUAUAAUCUACCUUUAAUGUAAUCAUUUUGGAGACAUAUUUUAAGAUUCAUUUUAAAAGCCAGCAAGAAUAUGUAUGUUUAGGUAAUAAUAUCAAGUGUAACCAUAGGUGAAGGUUUGGGGUAAAACAGCAAUGAAAAAAAAUGCUACAUAAAUCACUUAUAGAUGUGCAGGGUAUUCUUUAAUACAAAAACCAUGCAGGGUCAGACUCAUGGGUUACUCACUGACACCGCAGGAUGUGAUGGGAGUAUGAUUGUCCUUCUCAGAGGUUAAGUGCUUGCCCUGUCCUUUAUUUUCAAUUCAGUUCAGCUAAUAAAUAUGAGUCGUAUCAGGUGGUGGUGAUCUUAGAUGUUAUUGUAUCUGCACUACAAAACUUCUUAAGAAAUUUUUUUAAAGAUUUAUUUAUUUUUUACUUGAAAGGCAGAGGUACAGAGAGAGGAAGAGAAAGAGAGAAAGAGAAUCUUUCAUCCACUGAUUCACUCUCCAAAUGGCUGCAAUGGCUGGGGCUGGGCCAGGCUGAAGCCAGGAGCCUGGCGCUUCUUCUGUGUCUCUUGCAUGGGGUGCUUGCCCAUCCUUAGCUGCUUUCCCAGGCACAUUAGCAGGAGCUGGAUUGGAAGUGAAGCAGCCAGGUCUCAAAAUGGCAUGCAUAUGGGAUGCCAGCAUCACAGUGGACUCUUAGCUUGCUACACCACAAUACCAGCCCCCCAAAAUUGGGUUCUUAACAGUUGCAUACAAUGGCCAGUCAAUUUUUGUUAAUUAAUUUUACUUAAUUUCCCCAACUUUUUCUUAGUGAAGGGAUUUGUAUCCAAGUGUGUGCUGUCUAUAAUUCCUGAACAGUUACUGAUACUCCGAAACACUGGAAAACUAAAAGCAAGCAAAAAAAGGCAGGUUUGUAGGAAAUGCAAAUCCGAGCCCCAAAUCUCCGUGAAUUAAUUACAUACCAUGCGCUCCAUCAGCAGUGGCUUUUAAGACCCAAUGUUCAGAUGUAUUGUACAUGCGGAGCAUCCUUUAUCAUCAGUUUCAUCACAGUCUAAAUUUACAUGCGUAGGAACACCCACACACACACAGUUUAUAUAUAGUACAUAAACAGAUUGUAAAACAGCCCCAGGGAAUAAAAUACCUAACCAUAAAUAAGUGAAGACCCAGAAAAGCUGCUGGGAGACAUAUGGAUAAAAAAAAAAUAGUCAUUUUUUUCUAUUUUCACUUACUAUGCACUGCGCAGAUUUCAACUUUUUGGUUUGGCUGGCAAGGAGGUUUAUUAGGCUAGAAACCAGUUCUUUAAAUUACAGUCUUUGCCAAAGCUCAAUGCACUUAACAGAAGCUUCCCCUGAAUUAGGGGUCAACUAUCACCGUUCUCUGAAAACGACCCUAAACACUCGUGAUGGUGGUGUGAGUUGAUUCUAAUUCUUGGAAUGAGGUCUCUCUGUGAGGACACAAUGCACCACUCUGAGACGCUGUUUCCAAUAAAUAUGGAAAUUACGGCUUCCAGUGCUGGGGCCUGGUAUGAAAUCUCCUGGGAAAUAGCUUAAAACUACUUGAUAGGUUUGAAAUUAAUUCCUCACCCCCUCUCUGAAGUCACCAAGCUAUAUUUACAAGACGUACCAUUGUUUCCUGCUCACGCAGACAGUCGAGUAAAUGCAGGCCUGUUUUGUAGAUGGAGACUGUGGGGAUCAAAGGGUCCGGGCCCAUGUAUCCUUGGAGGAGGAGCAGUUGAACAAAGCGAGCUGUGAGUUCGGGAGCUGAGCAAGGCGGGCUGUGUUCCCGUAAGCUGGGGCAGCUCUGCCCCAUCCCCCUGCUGUUGCCUUGGCUCUCCUUGGUGACGCCCUGCAGGAAAUGCUGACCGGAGCUUCUCCCCUUUGCCAGAAGGGGAUGGUUCUUUAAGGAUGGGUGUCCGACGAAACCUCUGCUCUCAGCCUUGUGGAAUGCGGGCAGGACAAAGAUGACAUGUGCAGGUCCUUUUGGAUGCUCUGUUCGGGAACCGUGAGAGACUUAGAGCGCAUUUUGAGGGAAGCAGGAGAGAAGCAAGUGGCGUGGCAAUCUCAGGAGGCAGAGCAGACGCCACCUGUGAACCUUUGUUGCAGUGAUCUUCCUAGAGGUCUUGACCUUGGUCCACUAGGGUCAGAGUCAUCCAGUCUGUGCCUGCUCGGCUUUGCCUCCCCGCCCGUCGGUGUCUGAGCCCAGGCCGGGCUGCGGGGAUGCCUGGCCUGCUCUGGGUAGACGUGGGCUGCAGUGUGCCCCACACACUUGGUUUUCCCCUCCCCUGCAGGCACCCGUGAUCCCGAGUGUCCGUCUUAGCUUUCUCUGUUAUGUCUGAUGGAUCACCUGUUCGCCUUAAAUCGUGAUUCCACGAGUUGUGUGAAACCUAAGAGAUUACAUUAACCCUGCUUUGUUGUUCUCCAACACCUGGGAAAGGACACGUGUAAAGAUUAAUACAAACAGAUGGUUUUGUGCAACAUUUUGGGAGCUGAUGCUCUGUAGAUCUGAGGCUGGAGUGCGCCAUCAGGGUUGGGAUUCGGUGACUGAUGGGGAGCUGGGACCCCAGGACGCUGGCUUUGUGUGUGGAGCAGUGCUCCUGGAAGGUGAAGCUCCAGGCUUACUUCUCAGUGCUCAUGGAAAAACAGAAUGAAAAAGACUAGUUUAUUUUGGCACCAAAAAUUUUUGAAAUCCUGCAAGUGCAUUGCCAUGAACUUUGCAAAGACUUCUCAAACGUGUGGAUUUCAACGCUUUCCUCCCAAAAUAAACUUUGAUCUUUUAAUUCCAUUUUCCGCAAGUUUUGGAAGCAUGCUCGUGCGUGGCUCUACCAUGCCCCACCCCCGCCCCCGCUUCUCACUGUGUGCAAGACCCGUUCACCCUUACUUGCCAUCGCAGCAACCCCAGCAACUCGUUUCACAGAUUGCAACCCAAAGCUCCGAAACGUGUGGCUCUGUCCGAGUGUCACAUUGGGCCGUGGCGGAUGUGUGGCGCGGCUCUUCAUCUUUUCCCCAGUGUGCCGAGCCACACGGGAAAGCCCCUCGCUCCCUCCCUCAUCCCAGUCUGCUCUGCGAGCUGCGGCUCUUUUCCCGGUGGCUGAUUAGGCGUCCCAGCUUUUCCUCUGUAAGCCUCCUCCCGCCACCCCUUGGCACUGUUUCUCCCUAACUUGUCAUCUCUGAUGUUUGCCCCCAAGGCUUUGGGAUGUGACUGCCUGGUCUGCUGUUCAGAGAACUUGUGUGAAAAUGUUCUGAAUGUUCAUUUUGGGGUAUGAAUAUUCCCUUUAGAUCUGUUGAGUCAUCGGGAGUGUUGAGAUACAGGACAGUUUCUGCUGAAAGAAUACUUGGAAUAAGAGCUUCAGAAAAAUUUCCAUGGGCUUCGUGAUUUUUCGGAAGAGACCAUCAAGACUCUUAGGAUGACAAGCAUUGGGGACCAGAGAGGUUACGUGACGGUGCUCACAAUCAAACAGCGAGCCGCACUGGUGCCUGGGGACACUCAGUGGUCUACCAGUUCUUCCACACUCAUCUCCCCGUGAUUCCCUGAAAACAGUGACAUACCACAGCCCCAAAAUGCAAGAAGUUCACCUUUGAGACAAAUCCACCAUUUGAAAUAGCAUAUGGGGGCCAGCACUGUUGCAUAGCAGGUAAAGCCGCUGCCUACAGUGCCGGCAUCCCAUUGGGGUGCUUGUUUUAUUCCCUGCUGCUCCACUUUCGAUCCAGCCCUCUGCUAUGGCCUGGGAGAACAGAAGAUGGCCCAAGUCCUUGAGCCCCUGUAUCCAUGUGGAAGACCCAGAGGAAGCUCCUGGCUCCUGGCUUCAGAUUGGUGCAGCUUUGGCCAUUGCGGCAUCAAGGGAGUGAACCAGUGGAUGGAAUACUUCUCUCCCUCUUUCUCUCAAAAAGAAAAAAAGAGCUGGCGCCGCAGCUCACUAGGCUAAUCCUCCACCUGUGGCGCCAGUACCCCAGGUUCUAGUCCCAGUUGGGGCGCCGGUUCUGUCCUGGUUGCCCCUCUUCCAGGCCAGCUCUCUGCUGUGGCCUGGGAAGGCAGUGGAGGAUGGCCCAGGUCCUUGGGCCCUGCACCUGCAUGGGAGACCAGGAGGAAGCACCUGGCUCCUGGCUUUGGAUCGGCGCAGCACACCGGCUAUAGUAGUGGCCAUUUCGGGGGUGAACCAACGGAAGGAAGACCUUUCUCUCUGUCUCUCUCUCUCACUGUCUAACUCUGCCUGUAAAAAAAAGAAAGAGAGAGACAGAGAGAAAGAGAGAAAGAAAAUUUUAUAUGAUGCUAUGCUGUUACUACUAAGAAGAGACCCCUUUGUGGUAUUUGUUGUGUGUCUGUUAUUUUUGGCACCCUGGGCAUAGUACCGAGUGCUCAUGAAUCAUCGUCAGCUAUACCUUCUUGGUGACCCUUAACAACGGCUAAACUUUUCUGCCUGAAUUCACAAACCUCAGGCAGCCCACACUACCAUCGAUCAGAACUCUUCUCAGUCAGCCAUGUGGUCUCCAUUCCAGGAAUGAGGCCCUACCUUGCUCUGCUGGCUUUUCUGGGGUUGUGUUACCCAGAAGGCCAGUCCCAUGGCAUGGUCCUGCUGCUUCUCCAUUGACAGAAACUCGUGUACCGACCCCUGCAGGAGGACUUCCGAGCACUGCUGCUGCUUUCUGUGUGUCGCCCUGGUUCUGGGAACUCUCCAGUCUCCAGUUGCCCCUGGACUGAGGUCCAGGUGAGCCUUGUCCAUUGCCUGCUCCAUCAUGCACACGUGCAUACAGACACACGCACACUUGCACGCUCGCUCUAACUGCAAAGCUAACAGAAAUUCUGACCGCUCCCUGCUACCUUAUCUUGCUCUGAGUUUCUGACAAAAGCCAAGAAAAUCUUGAGAUAUAUAUAUAUAUAUAAUAUUUUCCUGACAUUGGACAAUUGUAAACAUUGUUUCUCACUUCUCACAAGUGGGAAUUACUGGACAUAUAUGAACUGAACAUGCGUGUCUACAUUUAAAACUAAGAGUACAAGAUAUUCUUCUAUCACAUUUGACUCUGUCAAAAGACCAAGGGGGGAAAAAUCAUGCAUUCAUUCUUCUUAGAUUUUUUCCUAAGUUUCUUUAUAGGGAGCUUGACUAGAUGCUGAGUUGUUAACCCUGUUGUGUUUUUUUUUUUAUUUUUUAUUUUUUAUAAUGGGCGUUCGUUCAAAUAAACAAGCCACUUAUCAGUGGAAAUGAUAGCUGUGAUAAAUUGCCUGGGCUCCCUUGCUUACUGUUACUUUCUGGUGUCACUGAAUCCCAGUUUUAGGUUUGCACAAAGCUAAGCUAAAUGUCUUUUCCCAAGGAGGUUCUGUUUCCCACUGAUUAUUUAUAGCUUUUCUCUUGCCUCCCUUCUUGGACUGUCCUAUUUCAUCAGUUUCUGAGCACUCAUUCCGGCUCUCCCCGGCUGACAACAACUUUUAAAAAGUGUCUUCCUGGACUGUAACUCUCAGAAACUUAGCUGUUCUUGUUGAGUGAGUAGCACUAGAGGGACCCCUGUAACCCUGCAUCAGAGUCUGCAGGCAGAGGCAGGCAGAGUUCAUGCAGCACCGAAUGCAUAGAUUGUAGCUUUUCUGUACUCGUAUUUUGAUGGGGAUUUGGGCUAAAAAAAUAUGCAACUACAGGGAAAAAUAAAGAUCUCACCCCAGCACUGAAGUUAGUUUAGAAUGAAUGCUAACGAAACACUAGAAGUCUGCCCUACAAGGUAGAAUCUAGAAGAAUAUUCAGAAAUUACCAUCCGAGGGUAUCAGCAGCCAAGAAAGGCCAGUCCAAGUGUAGAUACCGCUCUGCUUGCAGUUCAAGAGGGAAUGCACCCACAGGCAUCCACAGUGGUGAUCCAGGAGAUGGUAAUGUUAACAGUGAGUAGGUGUUGUUGCUUUUAAAACUUCUCAUUUAAAAUAUAUCCAAACAAGCUGAACAUGAACACAAGCUUACAGUUGAUAAGUAAAGUAGUGUAGACCUACUUAAAAACUUUAAAAUUACAAGCUUUCUUUUUUUUCUUAAUCUCGAAUCUUACCUUCCCAGAGGAAAUACUAUUACACUUUUAGUGCCUGACCUUCUGAAUAGUUUUAUGCAUCAACACUCCACCUACACAUACACAAACACAGAUUUUAAAACAUGAAUAGCAUUAUGUUGAUAAUAUUAUCUGAAACUUGUUUUUUUUUUCAUUUAAAAAUAUGCUUUUGAGAUUUUUUUCUAUGUUACUAUAUAUACAUCCACUUCAUUCUGUACAACAUUGCAUUGUAUGGAUACCCCAUACUUUAUCAUUCCCCUGUGGAUGGACUUUUAUAUGGAUUCCAAUCUGGGAUUACUGUAAACAGUGCUACACUGAACUGCCGGUAAGAAAGUCCGUGACACAGAUUCCUAGAAGCAAAUUGUGGGAUCAAAUGGAAUGCGCCUUUUGCAUUUUGGUACAUUCUGACAAAUUUUCUCUGAAGUAACUCUACCAAUUUCCUUUCUCUUUAAUGGCUUAUGAAAAUGCCUGUUUUUUCCAUAUUUACGCUGAUACUGGGCGUUAUCAGUUUUCAAAGAGUUUCUUAUCAGAUGGCAGAUAACUUGCAGUUCCAUUAGUAGUGAUGUUGAGUGCAUUUUUACACAUUUACUGGCAUAAAACUUACCUUUAGCAGUCAUAAAUUAAAUCUUACAUUUAAAAGCUAAGAGAAUUUGCAUUUGGAAAGUUGAGUCAUUGAUUCUGCAGUUCAUUUGGAGGAGUAAACUUGUAAGCUACUUAAAGUUUUAAGGAAAAUAAAAAAAUUAUGCUGUAGGAAGAAAUUCUUGUUGAGCAAAGUAUUACAUAUCUGAUGUAGCUCUAGUAAGUUUAAGAAUCAGCAGGGUGCCAGCAUUGUGGCAUAAUGGGUUAAGCUGCCGCCUGCAAUGCCGGCAUCCCAUGUGGGUGCUGGUUCGAGUCCUGACUGCUCUACUUCUGAUCCAACUCCCUGCUAAUGUGUCUGGGAAAGCAGCGGAGGCUGGCCCAAGUGCUUGGGCUCCUGCACCCAUGUAGGAGACUGGGAAGAAGCCCCUGGUGCUUGGCUUCAGCCUGGCCCAGCUCCGGCUGUGGUGGCCAUUUGGGGAUGUACAAGCAGAUGAAAGAUCUCUUUUUUUCUCUCUCUGUAACUCUCUUUCUCUCUAUAUAUAUUUCAAAUGAAUAAAAUAAAUCCUUAAAUCAACAGGUAGUGCAGUGGUACAUCCAGAAGGCUCUCCAAGGCCUAGCAUAUGGAGUGAUUUAGUAUAUGAGAAACGUGACAUGAAGAAUCAAGUAAUUUCUUAAAACCAUACUUUAUCAAUAUUUUGUGUUAAAAUGAAAUUAAAAUCAUGAAAUAUAUUAAAAUCAUGACAAAUCUGGAAGAAGGAAGUAUAAUUACUGCGCAUAUGUGGGUGAUGACUUGGGGAAUUGGGAGGGCUUCCUGAUUGUGAAAAUAGAGAAGCACGUGUUUGGGACAGGCAUUUAGCCUAAGAUCUAGGAUGCCCCACAUCAGAAUACUUGACUCCUGACUCCUGACCCCGACUCUGGAUGCCGGCUUCCUGCUAGUGCAGACCCUGGGAGGCAGAGGCUAUGGCUCCAGUAGUCAGGUCUCUGCUACCCAUGUGGGAGACCUGGGUUGAUUUGUCAGUUCCAGGCCUUGACAUGAUCUGAAUCCUGUUACUGUGGGUUAUUUGGGCGAGUGAACUGUGAGAUGGAAGCUUACUCACUGUACCUGUCCCUGUCUGCCUCUAUCUCUCAAAUAAUUUUUUUCAAAGAAGACAUAAUAAGUUCCGGUGUCCCAUAGCUCGGUGGGAUGACUGUAGUUCACCAUAAUGUAUCAUAUAUUUUGUAAUGAAUGGGAAAAGGGGAUUCAUAGGAUGCAAACACACACAAAAAUUAGAUAAGAAAAUGGAAAAACUUGUUGCUUAGUUUGAUUAGUUUAUUUUGUGUGUAUGUGUUGAGAUAUUACCCUGUACCCCUUAAAAACAUACAAGUAUUACAUGAAAAUUUUACAAAUGGUAAAGACAUUUUUUAGUUUACUAACUUUGAAUCUAUAUGAAUGAGAAAAAGAAACUCCACCAUAAAUGAAAUCUAAUACCAUCAGUACUUAAAGGACUUUCUGAAAUCUGCAGGAAUAAAAAAACCUAACACUUCAAAGGGAAAAUAUGCAAAAGGCAAGAGUAUCAUGUGAACCCUCUCCUGCUCAGGCUGUGCGGUGAAGAGCGAACAGCUGAUGGAGAUCGGGCGUAUUGCAGAGCAGGGUGACACGUGAGUGCUUCUCUGGAAGCAUCUGGCAUGUCCGAGCUGCACUGUCUUAGACGGGGCUUCCCUUGUGAACAGCUGUCCUUGAAAAGCCUUCCGUGAAUAAGUUGUUUCAGUCAAGUUCCUCCAAAAAACACAUUUGCCUUCUGAUCGUCUCGCAGUUUUAAGAAUCUGAUGACCUCCCGGGGGAACCUGCACUCGGGCAUCAGCGUGCUCCUGCCUGCCAGGAUGCUCCCCAUGCAGUGGUAGACGUGGGCCGAGUUGCCAGCAUCACCCCGUGUUCUCAGACGGUUCCUCAGAUGAUGGCUGCAGCAGCUGACGGUCUGGGGAGUAUAGCGAUAGACACGACCCAGCUCAACAUGUCCGUGACAGAUCCCACAGCCUGGGCCACAGCCAUGAACAACUUGGGCAUGGUUCCCGUGGGGUUGCCUGGACAGCAGCUCGUGUCUGACUCAAUCUGUGUCCCAGGCUUUGAUCCAAGCCUCAACAUGAUGACUGGAAUCACCCCCAUCAACCCAAUGAUACCAGGACUGGGGCUGGUACCACCUCCUCCACCAACAGAGGUGGCUGUUGUCAAAGAAAUCAUCCAUUGCAAGAGUUGUACUCUAUUCCCUCAAAAUCCAAAUCUGCCCCCUCCGUCCACGAGGGAACGGCCUCCCGGCUGCAAGACGGUGUUUGUGGGAGGAUUACCCGAAAACGCGACGGAGGAAAUCAUCCAGGAAGUCUUCGAGCAGUGCGGUGACAUCACAGCGAUUCGGAAGAGCAAGAAGAACUUCUGUCACAUCCGCUUCGCAGAGGAAUUCAUGGUGGACAAAGCCAUUUACCUCUCUGGUUACCGGAUGCGGUUAGGUUCUAGCACGGACAAGAAGGACUCGGGCCGCCUGCACGUGGACUUCGCGCAGGCCAGGGACGACUUCUACGAGUGGGAGUGCAAGCAGCGGAUGCGCGCGCGCGAGGAGCGGCACCGGCGCAAGCUGGAGGAGGACCGCCUGCGGCCGCCCUCGCCCCCAGCCAUCAUGCACUACUCAGAGCACGAGGCCGCGCUGCUGGCCGAGAAGCUGAAAGAUGAUAGCAAGUUUUCCGAGGCUAUCACUGUGCUGCUCUCUUGGAUUGAACGAGGGGAAGUGAAUCGGCGUUCUGCAAACCAGUUCUACUCCAUGGUGCAGUCGGCCAACAGCCAUGUCCGCCGGCUGAUGAACGAGAAGGCCACCCAUGAGCAAGAGAUGGAGGAAGCCAAGGAGAACUUUAAAAAUGCCUUAACCGGGAUCCUCACUCAAUUUGAGCAGAUUGUGGCCGUUUUCAACGCUUCUACCAGACAAAAAGCUUGGGACCAUUUCUCGAAAGCUCAGCGCAAGAACAUAGACAUUUGGCGAAAGCAUUCUGAGGAGCUCCGGAACGCUCAAAGCGAGCAGCUCAUGGGCAUCCGGCGCGAGGAAGAGAUGGAGAUGUCUGACGAUGAGAAUUGUGACAGUCCUACCAAAAAAAUGAGAGUCGACGAAUCAGCCCUGGCUGCGCAGGCCUACGCCCUGAAGGAAGAGAAUGACAGUCUUCGCUGGCAGCUGGAUGCCUACAGGAACGAGGUGGAGCUGCUCAAACAGGAGAAAGAACAGCUCUUUCGCACGGAAGAAAACCUCACCAAGGACCAGCAGCUGCAGUUCCUGCAGCAAACCAUGCAAGGCAUGCAGCAGCAACUGCUCACCAUCCAGGAGGAGUUAAACAACAAAAAAUCAGAACUGGAGCAGGCAAAGGAAGAACAAUCCCACACACAAGCGUUGCUAAAAGUGCUCCAGGAACAAUUAAAAGGCACAAAGGAAUUGGUGGAGACCAAUGGCCACAGUCAUGAGGACGCAAAUGAAAUUAACGUGUUGACAGUAGCAUUGGUCAAUCAAGACCGAGAGAACAAUAUUGAGAAAAGAAGCCAAGGCUUGAAAUCAGAAAAAGAAGCCCUGCUAAUAGGCAUCAUCUCAACGUUUCUGCACGUCCACCCUUUCGGAGCCAACAUAGAGUAUCUUUGGUCCUACAUGCAGCAGCUGGACUCCAAGAUCUCUGCCAACGAAAUCGAGAUGCUUUUGAUGAGGCUGCCGCGCAUGUUCAAGCAGGAAUUCACAGGGGUGGGAGCGACGCUGGAAAAGCGCUGGAAGUUGUGUGCCUUCGAAGGAAUCAAAACUACCUAACUACAAAAAGCAAAGGGAGGGAAAAAAUAAAAAUAAAAAACAAACAAAAAACAUGCCUGGCAGGGAAAGCGUCCGGAGCCGGCCGGGGCUGCGCAGCCUGCGGCGAGCCGGAGGUUUGGGGUUGGCCGGUGCUGGGCCUUUGCAGAGCCAUCGCAGCCUGACCUUCGUUCCAUCUGUGGCGUCCUCUCAUGAGUGGAAACGUAGUCGCGUAGCAGUUCCUUAAAGUAAACCAAGCUUCAUACUGUGACAGAGCCGUCUCCUCUGAAAAUACCACGCAGUGAUCCCACCGUCAUAGCGAUGGCAAAAUUGCUAACGUACGCCACAUUCGACACUCGCUCGCCCAGCAGAAUAUUUCCAGUUAGUGAUGGUGUGGCAAUGGUCAUUGCUAGGCUACAGAGUUGUGUAUGUAAUGUAUAGCCAAAAUCAUUCAAUGACAUUUUACUGAAAGUCUAUCUUCCUGUUUUAGUAAAAAAAAAAAAAAAAAAGAAAGAAAGAAAAGAAGAAAAGGGAAAAAAAAGAACAGUAAUUACAACGAGGGGAAAAAAUCAUACCAAAAGAAAACUUGAAUAUGUGUCUGAACAGUUAUUGUAUUUUGUAAAUUAAGUUAUAUGCUGUUCCAGGGACUUUUGCCUUAUUGAAGAGGCAGAAAAUAUGAUUGGACUCCUUGAGAAUGCUUUAUCAAGAAUAUUAUUUUUCUAAUGUAACAAUUCUCCAUCAUAGGUUCUUUGAACAUGGACUGCAUAACAAUUUUCAUAAAAUGUAAAUAAAGGAAAAACUAGUGCUACUGUCUUGUAUUGUCUUGUAACAUUCAGGUUUAUGCAUCAAAAUAAACAUUCAGUAAAUAUUCCUGUUACAAAUUUUAUAGCAAAGAUAUUAAUUUUUUUCAAUAAAUAUGACUUCUACCAUA